AUGGCAUCCUCUGCGCCGAUCGACUUCGCAUCAGGGGACCAUUACACGGUUCUCGGGGUGGCGCGCAAUGCUUCAGAGGCGGAGCUGGCCAAAGCCUACAAAAUGUUGGCGCUUCGAUACCACCCAGACAAGAAUCAGGGAAACACUCAAGAUGCGGAGAUCGGCUUUAAGCGAAUCUCUGAAGCCUACAGCGUGCUGAGAGAUCCAGAAAAGCGGGCAGAGUAUGAUCGAUCUGGUGGCAUUCGGUCAUAUGUGAGCUAUGAAGAGGCUGAGCAACUGUGGCGGCAAUUCUCAUCCCAAGAUGGAACUGAGGCCCCAUCACAGGAGGAGGCAUCGCGCAGACGCAAGGCGACUGCACUGGUUGUUGUUUUUGCCUUGCUCUUCUUGGCCCCGAAUUUGCUGAUGCAAAUUCUGCCUGGUUUGGCAGCCGCUUUGGUAGGUUUGGCCCUGAUUUCUCGAACAGAAAGUGCAUCCAGAUGGGUAUGGCUAGCUUUGGGCUUGGUGCUGGCGGGCUAUUUGGUCCCGUGGGUUCUUCGAGUUCGCUCUGAAUUUGAACCAGUACGAGGUGCGAAUUUGCGUGGCCUUGGCGAGCCAAGCCCAGUGCCAGUCGGGACUCCAGAAAGUGGAGAAGAGGUCUUGUUGAAUGAUGGGCGUUUCAUGCGGCUCCCUGAUCCUGAGAACCGGAAGUCGGCUGAAAGGAGUGCAAAGGAAGGAUGGCAGCAGCGUUUGUUGUCAGAGAUGACUACUGCUAUUAAAGGUGGCCACGAACAGGUCCUCACCGUCUUCUCUCGUCAAGGUUGUCCUUGGUGCCAGAGGCAACUUCCUGUUCUGCAACGUGCAAUUGCAAAGAGAGUAGGCCAUAGUGCUGCUAACAACGAUGCUGCACGUGAGGCACCUCCUUCCGCGUCAGGGCAGCAUGAGCAGGCAGAGACGCCACAAGAAGUGCCGGCACAAGCAUUUGUUUCCACCGCAGCUGUUGGGCUGGCCAAACCACCUUCUGGGGCAUCGCUGGUGUCUGCACCACUCCGGGUGUUCAUCCUUUAUGCCGAAGAGUUUCCAUCUGCCGCGCAAGCUUUCAAUGUGGAGGCUUUUCCAACACUCAUUGCCUGGGGACUUCCUGGUGUACCGCCCUUGGCUGCACAGGGCUAUUUGGAUGAUGAGAGCCUGGAACAGCUGCUGACAACAGUGGCCUUGAGUGAGCCUCAAUCAGACUAA